GGCAUUUGGAAUCUUAGUAUGGGAAACACUAACCUUGGGUCAACAGCCAUAUCCAGGUUUCUCCAAUACUGAAGUUUUACACCAUGUACAAUCAGGAGGAAGGCUGGAAUCUCCAAGCAAUUGUCCUGAUGACUUAUGUGAUUUAAUGACAAGAUGCUGGGCCCAAGAACCUCACAACAGACCUACUUUCUUUCACAUUCAGGACAAACUGCAAGAGAUAAGACACUCUCCGCUGUGCUUCAUCCACUGCCUUGAAGAUAGCAAGGCAGCAAGUGGAGUCAUCAACGAAGCCUUUGAGGAUAGCGAUGUUCUGUGUGCAGAUUCGGACAGUAUUCUCUCAGCCACAUUAAUGGAAACAAAGAAUCAAGAAGGCUUAAAUUAUUUGGUACUCGUCAAAGACGGCAACCAAGAUCAAGAAAUCAUCAGUUCUGCUGAACUCAGUUAA